AAAGUCUCACACAGAAUACGGGAAAAUAGCUGAAAUCAAAAGAAAACACCCCAAAAAUACGGAUUUAGGAAAAAAAAGGGAGAGGGGAAAAGAUGGGCUUGUCCUUUUUACUUGUGGAAAAAUCUAGAUAAUGGUUUUACCAUGCUGUGUGUGCGUAUUGGGCUUCUGCUGUCUUUGGUCAGUAUAGGAAGAUGUUUAAUUGAAGAAAUACAACUGCCGCCAUCUUUAAAGGAAUGUUUGAUGAUGAAGAGUAAAUACCAAGACGUUACUAAAUCGCCCAGUGAGUCCGUCUGUAAUAAUUGUAUAACAAGAUUUUUAUGGAAGGAAGGACCAAACUUGCAAAAAUGUGACCAUCCAAACGAUAAUAUAACUGUAUCGGACAUAAGUAACUAUUUUGGAAAACUUCUACAUGAUGAAAUAAAAGGAAAGCGAACAAAGCGUCAAGCAGGGAGUGUUCUUUUUCGUAAAGAAAUUAGAAUGUUAACACGUGCAGAAAGACUCCGAUUACAAAGAGCAUGGUCAAAAGCCUACAAAAGUGGAUAUUUUGGAUGGCUUGUUAGAUUCCACAACGACAACAGCAGAAAUGCUGCACAAAGUGGACCUGCCUUUCCUGGUUAUUACAGAUUUUUACUACUGAUAUUAGAACGAAUUUUGCAGAGUUUUGAUCCAGAAGUAUCGCUCCCGUAUUGGGACACCACUGUUGAAGCUAAUAUGGAUAAACCUGAAAAUUCCAUACUCUGGAAUAAUGAAUACCUUGGGGAAAUAAACGGAUUCGUCAACACUGGUAUUUGUGGGGGAUUUCGGGAUCUUAGGGGUAAUAAAAUCAUAAGAAAUGGUGGGAAUGGUGGUGCAUUAUUUACACAUACUAAUUUAACAUACGUAUUGAAUAAACAAAGAAUUGACGAUUUAGUUGAAGAUUCUAGUUACGAUACUAUGGAAUCGCUUCAUGGCAAUGUUCACAAUUAUAUAGGGGGUACAAUGUCCUUACUGGAAUUAGCACCAUGGGAUUGCGUUUUCUGGUUUCAACAUGCCUACAUAGAUUAUACUUGGGAAUUAUGGAGAUAUACCCAUGAUUACAAUAUUGACUAUCCUUUUAAACCUAACAAAAGAAUACAGGAGGCCGAAGUCCCAAUAGAAAAUAUGCCAUAUGUAGAUUUUCUUGGACAUAUUCCGACCAACAAGGACGGAUAUGGUCGUGAGCUCGCAUCUUUGACCCAAUAUUUAAUGUCACCUACUUGUUCACAACAUAACCUGUAUUGUGGAUCACCUGAUUUGCAAUGCCGACGCAUUGAUGGGUCCUUUAGAUGUACUGCUGUUGAUAGAAUAUUUAGACACAGCGUAGCACCUUAUCUGAAAGCCGUCCAAGGUGGAAAAGUCAAGCUUGAUUUAGAUGAUCACCAUGAAGGAAAGAGGACAAAAAGAGACACCACUAAUAUCCAUCUUACUACUAUUAAAAACACCGUAUCUAUAGUAAUUCAAUCAACCGAAAUAACAAACAUCUACUUUCCACAAGAACAUGAACCAUGUAUGGGAAAGCCAAUUCAGAAUAAUUUUGUAGCAGGUUGUUCAAAAGCUGACGUGAAGAGAUGGGCCUUUAUACCAAUUAAAGUUGUUCAUUUGCGUCCAACAGAGGCCCACUUUACUUCACAGUCCGAAACCAAUGGAAACAAGAACAGGUAUGAUAUGUAUGAUGAGCACAAAUAUAAUCAUUUAAAAAAGCUUGUCCGACCUGGUAAUCCAGCAACAUACUACAAUUGCCAAGAAGAUGAAUCCGGUGCAUUCAAAGUAAGACUGAAGUCUACUGGAUUAAGUUACUUCGGUGCAUACACUGAUUAUGUGUUCGUUGACAACAGACUUCCAAUAUCCUCUCAUAUCGGGUAUAUCGCUGUUGAAAAACCUACAUCGUAUACUCCUACAGACGCUUUGAUAACUGCCUCUGACGCAUGCGGACGAUUGUGUAAACCAAGAUGUCGUCAAUGGGUUAAAGGUAAACUCUAUUAUGUUCCAUGUUCUGGCGCCAUUAGAGUGACCCAACAGAGUCCGUUGAUGUACGGAAACGACUUUGGGGAUGGCGUUUUAUCGAUUUGGGAAUUUAACGAAGAUUUCACACCGAUCGAAAAUGAAUCAAAUAUAUUUAUGGAAUUUUUCUGCGAUUAUUCGAAUGAAUGGAUGUGGAAACAAAGUGAUACAUACAAACAAAAUACCAUGUUGUGUACAUGUAUUUUACUGUUAUUGACUUAUGCCAGUGUCGGAAGAUGCUUCAUAGAAGAGAUUGAACUGCCACCAUCUUUGCGAGAUUGUUUGAGAAUGAAAACUAAGUAUCAGGAUGUCACUAAAUCUCCCAGUGAGUCUGUUUGUAAUACCUGUGUUUCAAGAUAUCUUUGGAUGUCAGGACCAAACUUGCAAAAAUGUGAUCACCCGAAUGAUAAUACUACUAUUUCGGACAUCAGUAUCUUAUUUGGAAAACUGCUAUGUGAAGAAACAUCAAGGAAACGAACAAAAAGGCAAACAAGAAAUAUUCCAUUCCGAAAAGAACUCAGAAUGCUAACCCGUGCGGAACGACAGCGAUUACGCAGAGCAUGGAGACGGGCAUAUGAUUCGGGAGAUUUUGGAUUGGUCGCUAGAUUUCACAACGAAAACAUCCGAACUACCAGUCACAACGGACCAGCCUUCCCCGGAUAUCACCGAUUCUUGCUUCUUAUACUAGAACGAGUUUUACAAAAGUAUGAACCUGGAAUAACACUCCCGUAUUGGGAUACAACGUUUGAAGCUAAUAUGGAUAGACCUGAAAAUUCUAUACUCUGGACUGAUGAAUACCUUGGUGAACUGAAUGGAUUCGUCGACUCUGGUAUUUGUGGUGGAGUUAGGGAUCUGAGAGGGAAUAGAAUAAUCAGAAAUGGUGGCAAUGAUGGAUCUUUAUUCACAUGGACCAAUUUAACCUAUAUAAUCAAUGUACCAACAAUUGAGGAAUUAGUUGAAAAUUCCAACUUCGACACUUUGGAAUCGCUCCAUGACAGUGUCCACGCUUACAUAGGCGGAACAAUGUUAGGACUUGAAUUAGCACCAUGGGAUUGUGUCUUCUGGUUUUACCAUGCUUAUAUUGAUUAUGUUUGGGAGUUAUGGAGAUAUUCUCAUGGAUAUAACAUUGCAUACCCUAAUAAACCUAACCAUGGAGGACAACAGGCUAAUAUUCAAAUGACAAAUAUGCCAGCUAUAAAUUUUCUUGGACGUAUUCCUACAAACCAAGAUGGAUAUAGUCGUGAGCUAGCAUCACAGUGUCAUUACCAGGUUUCACCUACCUGUUCACAACAGAACGUUAAUUGUGGAUCACCUGAUUUGCAAUGUCGAAGUUUUGGCAGACAAGUGUUUGGAUGUACUGCUGUUGACAGAAUAUUUAGAAAUAGAGUACAACCUUAUAUUCAAGCAGCCAAUGGUGGGAAUGUCCAGAUUACUUCCAAUAACGGAAUGAGAGGAAACAGAGGCAGACGAGAUACUAGUGUUCAUCAUAAUUCUAAUACCUAUACUUUCACAGUAAAGGCAACAGAUGUAGCAAAUAUCUACAUUCCUCAAGAACGGGAACCAUGCAUGGGAAAACCAGUACAGAAUAGCUUUAUUGCAGGUUGCUCGUCAGCUAAUGUGAAAAGAUGGGCAUUUAUACCAAUUAAGGUUGUUCAUCUACGCCCAAAAGAGGUUCAUUUUAAUUCACAGACUGAAGUAAACGGACAUCGAAACAGAUAUGACAUUUAUGAUGAACACAAAUAUAAAAAUCUGAAAAAUUUGGUACAUCCGGGCAACCCAGCUACAUAUUAUGAUUGCCAAGAAGACGAAUCUGGUGCAUUCAAGGUUAGAGUGAAGGCUUCAGGACUAAACUACUACGGUGCAUACACUGAUUAUGUAUUUGUUGACAACAGACUUCCUGUAUCCUCUCAUAUUGGAUACAUCGCUGUUGAAAAACCUACGGGGCAUAAACCAACAGAAGCAUUGAUAACUGCCUCUGACGCAUGCGGACGAUUGUGUAAACCAACAUGCCGGAAAUGGAUAGAUGAUGAGAUUCAUUAUGUUCCUUGUUCUGGAGCUAUUAAAGUGACCGCUGAUAACCCAUUGAUGUAUGGAAACGACUUUGGAGAUGCUGUAUUAUCGGUCUGGCAAUUUAAGGGAAAAUUCACUCCAGUCGAAAGAGAAUCAAACAUCUUCAUGGAGUUUUACUGCGAUUACUCAGAUGAAUGGAUAUGGAAAGAAUGCAAUUCACAAUAA